AUGACAACCACUGAACCCGAGAAUCCUUGCAUCUCGUCCAAACCCGAACUACUCCCUGUUGAACUGAUUGCCAAAAUCAUCAGUUUUGCUGCGGAUGCUCAUCGCUCAAAGGGGGACCGACGCUGCCCAUCGAUAUCCUCGACUCUUACUGCUGGUUCUCUGGUGUCUCACACUUGGAACACCAUCUGCCGCUCGCACAUCUUCCACACGAUUUGCAUAAUCGAUUUCAGCAACCCCGCCGCCCCACUCUCUUUCCUUCACUUCCAAGCUCCCCACCUCAGCGAGUAUAUACGUAAACUUCACUUUGAGUGGGAUCCUUGCUGCACCGCUGCAGAUUGGUUACCAGAGUGUUUCGGGCGGCUGAAGAACUUGUGUGAGUUGCACCUUGAUGCUUGGCUCCCGGAUCGAGUGGCCUUGGCGCCACUUGGAAUCGCCUCUCUGCUUGCCGCCCCUCGCCUUCGCAAGUUGGUUUUACGUGAUUGCCUCUUUGCUACGGAUGCCUCUGAUCUCCUCAGCGUGCUCCCUGCGACCAUCGAGGAACUGAUACUCGAGGAGAUCGAUUUGCGAGAUUUGCGAGAUUCGAGGGUGAACGCACCAUCAAAUAACAGCAAAUGUUUGGCGUAUCUUCGAAGUGUGGACUUGAUAUAUGCGCUCCACCCAAUGUUCCAAUCCAAGGCUUUCAUCGAGUGCCCCAAUCUCGAACGAUUGUGUGUCGAAUAUGAAGAUUCCGAACCUUGGGUAUUGCCGCCAUGGGUCCCCGCCAGUUUAUCAGAACUCGAAGUGCGAGUCGGAUCGGACGGCUGUAUCCCUGACUUCGGUACAACUAUUCAGCCAUCUGCGGUGACAAUCCGUCUAACAGCGGAGUCCGUUGACUCGUACUAUGAACCUUUUACUUGGGUUAAAGAUUGCAUCAACCGCCUCCCGUCUCCCCGUUCCAUACAGGCGCUUACAAUCAACAUUGUGAACCAAAACUACAUGCCAGAAGAUGACUUGUCAGAUGGACUGUAUCCGACACUAUCGGACUACGAAAUGCUUUCUCAUUUCCUACAAAAGCUACGGGUCUGCGAACAUGGAAACCUAAAGAACAUCACCUUGAACGUCACGGUGGAAAUGGAAGCAGGCGCAAUUGUCAAGGGUUUGUCCGAUGUCAAUGAAUCGCGUGCUGCUGAAGGACGAGAGGUGGCGAAUCUGGAGAAGGGGUUUGCUGAGUUGUUGAAAGCAAAUGUGCUCGAUGUGGACUUCACCCUGAAGCGAAUUCUGGAUCAUGAGGACGACCUUUCCGAAACACUCGUGCAUUCCAGCAUACAUACAAGAGGUUUGUGA